UGUCACCAGAUUUUUUUCGAAAGCAAAAGCAAAUGCAAGUUUUUCCGACGACUCGCCAAAACCAAUAGGAGCAGCAGCACGUAUAGCAGCAGCAGCAGCAGCAGCAGCGGUAGAGCAGCAGCCGUGCCGUUAAUUUUAUUGAUCCACCCCGAGUGACGCCCGUGCCGCAGCCGCUUCGGGAAAAUCGGGUACCAGUCUCCCCUCCCUUGACCGACCGAAACCCGCCGGAGAGGCCGCCGGAGCGCCAACGCAGCAGCAGCAGUAGUGACCAGUGAGUGCAAAGACCCGAGAGCGCCCCGGAAAAACGGCCUGCAUUGGGGUGGGCAUUUCACCCCGCUCGGAGUGCAUCCUCAGGAUUAGUUGUUCGUGUGUUCUGAGGGAAAAGAAAACGGGGUCAUUUUGCAUCCCGCGGCAAUAGGCUUCUCCUCCUCCUCCCACAUUGUGUUCCCUUUUCGGCGGACCAGCGGAUGGUACGUUUCGUGCCAUUGGAAUAACCGUCGAUCGUGUGUGUAGGUGUGAGUGUUUGUGUGUUUGCUCCAGUUCCAGUGGAAAGUGUCCGCAUUGUGUGUGUGUGUGUGUGUUUGUGUGCUUGAUCGCGUUGAGUUUUCCCCCGCUGCCCCUGUGGAAAACGCACAACAAGCAACCGUUUGGUUUCCUAAAGAAAGAAGAGCAGUGUGUGUGUGUGUGUCUGUGCCAGUGUCUACUGAGAUUGGAGUCGUGUGUCUAGUGUGUGUGUUUGUGCGCUCCAAGUGUGUGAAACGGGAGCAGAAGCAAUAGAAAGGAAAACACAGCGGAGGGCAAAGAAAGAGCAGUGAAGGAAAACCCUCCACAACAUAACAGUCGUCGCCGCCACCACCCGUCACCCCACACGCUCCACACGAUGUCGUCAUCAGGCGAUUUUGGAAAUCCGCUGCGGAAGUUCAAGCUGGUGUUUCUCGGCGAACAGAGCGUGGGCAAAACAUCGCUAAUCACCAGGUUUAUGUACGACAGCUUCGACAACACAUACCAGGCCACGAUCGGUAUAGACUUCCUCUCGAAAACGAUGUAUCUAGAGGAUCGAACAGUGAGAUUACAGCUGUGGGACACGGCCGGCCAGGAACGGUUCCGGUCGCUGAUACCAUCCUACAUUCGUGAUUCAACCGUAGCAGUAGUGGUGUACGACAUUACAAACGCGAAUUCAUUUCAUCAAACGUCGAAAUGGAUCGAUGACGUGCGAACGGAGCGCGGCAGCGACGUGAUCAUCAUGCUGGUGGGCAAAACCGACCUUUCCGACAAGCGCCAGGUGUCGACGGAGGAGGGCGAGCGAAAAGCGAAAGAACUGAACGUAAUGUUUAUCGAGACUAGUGCGAAAGCCGGCUAUAACGUUAAGCAGCUUUUCCGAAGAGUGGCCGCCGCCCUGCCUGGCAUGGAUUCGACCGAGAAUAAACCACCAGAAGACAUGCACGAGGUUGUGCUGAAAGAUUCGCCAAACGAAACAAAAGACCCGGAAGGUGGCUGUGCCUGCUGAAAUCGCGCUCCCGGUACCAUCCCCCUCCUCGUCUGCGUGCCCAACCCGCGCCUACGGAGAGACAACUAUUUUUGAAAGCAUUAUGAUGAUAACCCGUUACUACUGCUACUACUACUACUACUACUACUACUAUUGACUGUACUAUUACUACUCUACUGCAAACUACUGCUAAUAUAACACGACUGCAACACGGACCAGCGUUUUUCACCAUUACGAUUGAUUGUAAUUUUGCUUAUUUCGCUGUGUUAAGCCGUUCCCCCCUCCCCCCUCCUCGACGGACUGGCUCUUGGACUAAUAAUGAGAGUGAGGACACGGACACACACAUCCCGACGAACGGCGCCCGAACAUGCAGUGCAGUGUUUAGUCUUUUUUCGUUAGUUUUGUUUUGUUACGCGAUUUUCCGACCUAUUUAUUUUGGUAGCAACAAAAAAAGAAAUAAUAAUGUAGUGCAGUUAGAGCAUGGUGUGAACUAUUUCUAAGUGGACGGACACAAUUGCCGCGCUUAUUAUGAAAUGCAGGUAUUGUGGGAGGGAUUUUGUUUUGCGUAAAAAUAUGAACAAUUGAGCUGCGCCAGAGCAGUUCAUUUUUUAUUCCAUUUCUCGUUUUGAUUCAUUUCCCGGUUAUGCCCCUCUUCAAUAGGUCAGUCAGGUUUGCGUUAGAUUAUUACAACUAAAUUAAGUAGCUUGUUCACCUCCCCCACGGCGCUGUGUGACUGCAAAUGCAAUAUAUACACGUUUCCGGUAUGAUGAUAACUGCUGCCAGAGAUGCGAAUAUAGAAAGUGCUGCAAUAUUAUUGUGUAUAAACUGUUGCACAUCGCCAGACUUAUACCGACGCGGAGUACGCUUUAGUUUUGUCUUAUUUUAUUCGCUUUUUCGUACACACAUACACACAUACAUCCA